CCCCACCUUCAGUCCCACCUUCAGCCCCACCUUCAGUCCUACCUUCAGUCCCACCUUCAGUCCUUCCUUCAGUCCUACCUUCAGCCCCAACUUCAGUCCCACCUUCAGUCCCACUUUCAGCCCCACCUUCAGCCCCACCUUCAGUCCCACCUUCAGCCCCACCUUCAGUCCUACCUUCAGUCCCACCUUCAGUCCUUCCUUCAGUCCUACCUUCAGCCCCAACUUCAGUCCCACCUUCAGUCCCACUUUCAGCCCCACCUUCAGCCCCACCUUCAGUCCUACCUUCAGUCCCACCUUCAGUCCUACCUUCAGUCCCACCUUCAGUCCUACCUUCAGUCCCACCUUCAGUCCCACCAUUAGUCCUACCUUCAGUCCCACCUUCAGUCCCACUUUCAGCCCCACCUUCAGCCCCACCUUCAGUACCACCUUCAGCCCCACCUUCAGUCCUACCUUCAGUCCCACCUUCAGUCCUACCUUCAGUCCCGCCUUCAGUCCUACCUUCAGUCCCACCUUCAGUCCUACCUUCAGUCCUACCUUCAGUCCCACUUUCAGCCCCACCUUCAGUCCCACCUUCAGCCCCACCUUCAGUCCCACCUUCAGUACUACCUUAUGUCCCACCUUCGGUCCUCCCUUCAGUCCCACCUUCAGUCCUACCUUCAGUCCCACCUUCAGUCCUACCUUCAGUCCCACCUUCAGUCCUGCCUUCAGUCCCACCUUCAGUCCUGCCUUCAGUCCUACCUUCAGUCCCACCUACAGUCCUACCUUCAGUCCCACCUUCUGUCCUGCCUUCAGUCCUGCCUUCAGUCCUACCUUCAGUCCCACCUACAGUCCUACCUUCAGUCCCACCUUAAGUCCCACCUUCUGUCCUACCUUUAGUCCUAUCUUCAGUCCCACCUUCAGUCCCACCUUCAGCCCCAUCUUCUGUCCCACAUUCAGUCCUACCUUCAGUCCCACCUUCAGCCCCACCUUCAGUCCCACCUUCAGCCCCACCUUCAGCCCCACCUUCAGUCCCACCUUCAGCCCCACCUUCAGUCCCACCUUCAGCCCCACCUUCAGCCCCACCUUCAGCCCCUCCAUCAGCCCCUCCAUCAGCCCCUCCAUCAGUCCCGCCUUCAGUCCCACCUUCAGCCCCACCUUCAGUCCCAACUUCAGUCCUACCUUCAGCCCCACCUUCAGCCCCACCUUCAGUCCUACCUUCUGUCCUACCUUCAGUCCCACCUACAGUCCUACCUUCAGUCCUACCUUCAGUCCCACCUUAAGUCCCACCUUUAGUCCUACCUUCAGUCCUACCUUCAGUCCCACCUUAAGUCCCACCUUCUGUCCUACCUUUAGUCCUACCUUCAGUCCCACCUUCAGUCCCACCUUCAGCCCCACCUUCAGUCCCACCUUCAGCCCCACCUUCAAUCCCACCAUCAGUCCCAACUUCAACCCCACCAUCAGUCCCACCUUCAGCCCCACCUUCAGUCCCACCUUCAGCCCCACCUUCAGUCCCACUUUCAGCCCCACCUUCAGUCCCACCUUCAGUCCCACCUUCAGUCCUACCUUCAGCCCCACCUUCAGCCCCACCUUCAGUCCCACCUUCAGUCCUACCUUCAGCCCCACCUUCAGCCCCACCUUCAGCCCCACCUUCAGUCCUACCUUCAGCCCCACCUUCAGUCUUACCUUCAGCCCCACCUUCAGCCCCACCUUCAGUCCUACCUUCAGUCCUACCUUCAGUCCUACCUUCAGCCCCACCUUCAGUCCUACCUUCAGCCCCACCUUCAGUCCUACCUUCAGUCCCACCUUCAGCCCCACCUUCAGCCCCACCUUCAGUCCUACCUUCAGCCCCACCUUCAGCCCCACCUUCAGCAGUGUGCCAGGGCACCCUGCAGCCACCCUGGCUGGGCCUGGCUGCAGGGGACAAGCCCACAGCAAGGCAAACUGCUGUUCCUUCCAGCUGAACCAGUACUGCCCCACCUUCUGCCCCUCCUUCAGUCCCACCUUCAGCCCCACCUUCAGCCCCACCUUCAGUCCCACCUUCAGCCCCACCUUCAGCCCCACCUUCAGUCCCACCUUCAGCCCCACCUUCAGUCCCACCUUCAGUCCCACUUUCAGCCCCACCUUCAGUCCCACCUUCAGUCCUACCUUAUGUCCCACCUUCAGUCCUACCUUCAGUCCCACCUUCUGUCCUGCCUUCAGUCCCACCUUCAGCCCCACCUUCAGCCCCACUUUCAGUCCUACCUUCAGUCCCACCUUCAGUCCCACCUUCAGCCCCACCUUCAGUCCUACCUUCUGUCCUGUCUACAGUCCUACCUUCAGUCCCACCUACAGUCCUACCUUCAGUCCUACCUUAUGUCCCACCUUCAGUCCUACCUUCAGUCCCACCUUCUGUCCUGCCUUCAGUCCCACCUUCAGUCCUACCUUCAGUCCCACCUUCAGUCCUGCCUUCAGUCCCACCUUCAGCCCCACCUUCAGUCCCAACUUGAGUCCCACCUUCAGCCCCACCUUCAGCCCCACCUUCAGUCCUACCUUCAGUCCCACCUUCAGUCCCACCUUCAGCCCCACCUUCAGUCCUACCUUCUGUCCUGUCUACAGUCCUACCUUCAGUCCCACCUACAGUCCUACCUUCAGUCCUACCUUAUGUCCCACCUUCAGUCCUACCUUCAGUCCCACCUUCUGUCCUGCCUUCAGUCCCACCUUCAGUCCUACCUUCAGUCCCACCUUCAGUCCUACCUUCAGUCCCACCUUCAGUCCUGCCUUCAGUCCCACCUUCAGCCCCACCUUCAGCCCCACCUUCAGCCCCACCUUCAGCCCCACCUUCAGUCCCUCCAUCAGCCCCUCUAUCAGCCCCACCUUCAGCCCCACCUUCAGCCCCACCUUCAGCCCCACCUUCAGGCCCUCCAUCAGCCCCUCUAUCAGCCCCACCUUCAGCCCCACCUUCAGCCCCACCUUCAGGCCCUCCAUCAGCCCCUCUAUCAGCCCCACCUUCAGCCCCACCUUCAGCCCCACCUUCAGGCCCUCCAUCAGCCCCUCUAUCAGCCCCACCUUCAGCCCCACCUUCAGCCCCACCUUCAG